AUGUGCCAGACCUACUGCGCACACAGGACACUCUGGCAUCAAAGAGGCGCCUGUGCGAAGGGACAGCACCCGGCACGCGGGGUCCCACAGACCCCUUUCCAGAAUCAGGGCCCGGGCGGGCCGGCCCCCGCGCCCGCCCGCUCGGCACCGGGCUCUGAUCGCCACCCCAGGCGGCCUCUCCGACGCCCCCACCCCGGCUCCCCUCCGCCAUUUCUCCCGCAGCAGCCUCCCCCACAGCCCUCUCCUGGCACAGGCACCGUCGACGGCGGGGCGCGGGCACCCAGAAAGCCCGCCGGGGAGCGGCCGCGCCGUUUGCCUCCCCAGGACCCGAGGAAAGACCUGCGGCCAAGACCUCGCGCCCCAGGACCGGUCCGCGCCGGUCGCCGCCCCCUCAGCGCCAGGGGUCCCCCAACGAUGCGCACCUCUCUCAGAGACCCGCUCCGACCCGGUUGCCUCCCCCUCGUCAGGUUGCCAGGGUCCGCGGUGCAGGGUGUGAGCCGCUCGUCGCCCCCGAGACACCCCCAGUUGCUUUCGCAGACGCAGGGUCCCGAUGGUCGGCCUCCCCCUCCUGUCGCAGCUCCUCACUUGGAUUCCCACCGCUCGCCGUGCGGGCAGAAUGGCAAAGAGAUGUCCUGCCCCCCCCGCGGCUGCGCCAAACCCGGCAGGGGCUACGAAGGCUGCGGCACCAACCGCUCGCGGCGAGGGUGUCGGGAAGGGGGCGGAGGGAUACUGCACGAAUGGGCUCGACGCCCCCUCCCAGACCCACCGUAG